CGCGACAUUUCAGUUCUUGAUGUUAAAAACUUAACUUUAUUCGUCUCUUGAAGGGUGUCGUUUCAUCCCUCUUGAACCGGAAUUAAUGUACCCUUAAUAUUUGUUUAAAAUCAAAAUCUUGUGUUUGGUAUUUGGAGCUCUACUUCUCAACAAACGGGGGAGUUACAAUCUCUUAUUGGAAGAGGUUGUGAAUGAACAAAAACCAUUUGUGUCACUGAACAAGAUCGAACACAAUUUGGCUGGCUGUCGGCUGUUAGGAAAAUUAAGUCAUUGUUGCUCUUCUGUUUGUUGUUUAAUAACUUGGAAAACAACAGGUUCUUCAGCUUGUUUGGUGAUGUCCUACGUUCGUAUUCUGGGUGGAACAGCAGCAGUUAGCUGCAGUCUUUAUGCAUACUACAGAUUUCGUGACAAUGGAAGACAGGUUUGUGAAAUAAAUCGAUUUCUUUCUGCUUAAAAAAAUAUUCAGGCGUCCUUUGAAAGGAAUGCGUUACAUUUGGCCGGGAUUAAAUACAAUAUUGUUCGUUUUUAUGUCGAUGACUUCGACUCCACUCACAAAUAAUCCUAUAUUUAGCGAUGCAAACAAUAAAAUAUGGUUAGAUGACUGCCCGUGUAGCAAGGAGUUAUUGCUAUUUCCAGCUGUGUGGUAAUUUACCCAUGAACUGCAAGGGUACAGCUUGGUAAGGUCUCUUGCGUGUAUGCGAGCCCCUUUCUUUCCGAAAUGAGUGAUAAUUUACGAUGCUAAAACAAGAUGGCAUAUCCCUCAAAGGGUGAACUGAAACGGAAGAAAGACACUGAAACGUUUUCCCCGGCAUAUAUCCCUCUUUGAUUAUGUACAGCCAGGUUGAAGUAAUAAACUUUACAAAACCUUACAUUAUUUCUUUUACCUGAAGUGCUUAGAAACCAUUGGUUAUGUGAAGUUUCAUGUAGAAUUAAAAAAAGGCUGUGUUAGUUUUACAUUGUAGUUAUGUAAGAUGUGGAUCAGAUUACAUGAGAACUGACCAAAUCGUAGCAUCUAAUUUCUUCCUAUCAUAUCACCCCUGAAUUACAAAUUACAAAUUACGGUCAGGAGAAUAAAGGAAGUGACCACUAUCUUAAAAUGCUCUUGAUUAUUAAAAAAAUUCUCCUUAUCAGCUUCUUAGGAAAUUUACUGUUAGAAGAGAAAAAAAAGAGAGCAGUUUUUUCCAAACAUACAUACUGAUGUUAGGAUACCAAGGGUUAAUCCUUUAACUCCCAAGAGUGACUAGCAUCUAAUUUCUCCUGACAAUAUCACCACUGAAUCACACAUUAAUGUCAUGAGAAUAAAGGAAAUGAUCACCAACUAAGGAAACUCUUGAUCAUUAAACAAAUUCUCCUUGUCAGCACUUUAGUAAAUGAAGAGAACAGUAUAGAGAAUUUGAAUACUGAUGUUAGGAUAUAAAAGGUUAAUUUAAUAUAAAUCUUCCCUGUCAUUUAGAAUCCUCUGCUGUCAGUGUCUGCAGCAGAGUCAGCUGUGGCUCAGAGACCAAACAAUCCAUUGCCAUCCAGAUCAGUCCAAAUUGACUCCUUGAAAAACACACCAGAAUUUGAUGUUUUAGUGAUUGGAGGAGGUGCCACUGGAUGUGGAGUGGCUCUGGAUUCUGUCACCAGAGGUACAAACCUGAAAUAACAGUUGAAAGGCAAAUUUUAUGGAAAGCUAAUUCAUUCAGGAUGUAUUUUUGAGGAAGAGUUAGUUCCUUACAAUGUGCAUGUGGAGUUAUGCAGCUGAUUUAACCCUAUAACUCCCAGAAGUGAUUAGCAUGUAACUUCUCCCAAUAAUAUCCAUACAUUAACCUGCACACAGAUAAUAAGAAUACUUAAACUAAUCAGGUGGAGGUUGUUAUCUUGAUCCAACACCAAAUUCUCGUAACUAAUUUUCAAGGAGAUGUGUUGCAGCUGAAAGGGAGAAUUAACAAUCAGAUCUUGGGACUUAAAGGGUUAAGGGUUUUGGUUGUGUUGUUCAUUUCAAUGUCAAGUAAAUGAAUAAAAGGAGUAAAUUUCUAAAGAAACUGUGGUGCUGCAUCAGUGGGGCAUAUUACAAGAUAUUUUGGUUGUAUCAACUGGGUUGAUAAAGUAAAUUGGCCACCAUGAAGAGUUUCUAAAGCUAUUUUGAUUGUUGGCCCUUCCUUGAAGCAAACAGUUAGUUUCCUGAAGUUAUUUUUUCCAUAAUGAACACUUUGAAGAGUACUGAUCUGUGUGGAUUAAUUUCUUAGGGUUAAGUACAGCUUUGGUGGAAAUGGAUGACUUUUCAUCUGGAACAAGCAGCCGCAGUACUAAAUUGAUUCAUGGAGGAGUACGAUAUCUACAGAAAGCUAUCAUGAAGCUAGACAGAGAGCAGGUCAGACCUGUGGAUUCUUAUGUAACAAAAGGGAUUAUUUCAUCUUAUGUUAAUCUAGUGAGGUUAAGAUAGAUAUUAUGGCAAAUUUAUGUUGUAUAUAGUUUAUAUAUACAUUUAGAUUUAGUUUAUUUUUCUUAGCUUUUUGAAAAAUAAUGCAAUAAAGUUGUUUAUCUCCUUGGUUACAAAGUAAUUCAUAAUUUGUCUUUAAAUUUACAGUAUCGUCUUGUUAAAGAAGCAUUACAUGAAAGAGCAAACCUGCUGGCUAUUGCUCCACACUUGUCUGCACCAUUACCAAUCAUGUUACCUGUCUACAGGCAAGUUCAAUGUAGAGCAAGUUUUACGUUAGAGAUUUCUCCAAGAGAACCUUGUCUCUAACAAGAAGUACAUGUAAUGGUAUCAUCCAAUACUUGGUAUUUAUAGCUCAGUGAAGCUGUAAAAUUUAUUGUAAUGGGUGUAAGCAGAAGCUUUUAAUCUAGGGCUUAAGUUUCUGGUACAAGUUCCAAAAAUUAACAAAUAUUUUGACCCUUAGGUGGUGGCAGCUUCCUUACUUCUGGGCUGGACUUAAGAUGUAUGAUCUUGUCUCUGGGCGACAGCUUCUCAAGAGUAGCUACGUUGUUGGGAAGCAGAGGGCCUUGGAACUUUUCCCAAUGCUCAAGAAAGAGAAAUUGUGUGGUGCUAUUAUCUAUUACGAUGGUUAGUAAUUAAAAAUAUGUCUUUCAAAACUGUCUUUACCAGAUUGCAAUAGCAGUAUGAAGUAAUGUGAUAAUUAACCCUAAGAGUGACUUGCAUCUAAUUUCUUGUGACAAUAUCACCCUUGAAUCACUCAAUAACGUCACAAGAAUAUACUAAGAAAUGAUCACUGACUAAAGAAGCUGUUGAUUGUUAAACAAAUUCUCCUUGUCAGCAGCAUAGAAAGUGUAUUUAGAGGAGUAUGGAUAAUAAGAAGUCAAUACAUGUAGGUAUACAAAGGUUAGUGUAUAAAGGGCUUAGUUACACAUUUCUGUUGAUAUAAAGAUUGUCAAGAUUGCAUCCACAGGGCAGCACAAUGAUGCAAGAAUGAAUCUUGCAAUUGGCCUGACAGCUGUCAGGCAUGGAGCAUCAGCUGCCAACCAUGUGGAGGUCCUGUCUCUCCUUAAACAGAAGGGUAUGUUCUGUGAGUUUUCAAAUAUUAGCAAUCACUGUUGGAUUUUUUUUUCAGAAUGGUACCAUGUUGUCUGUUACAAUAAGGCAGGGGAUUGGUGAAUCCUUAUAUCCCAGUGGACUCUGAUUAUCCUAGGAAGCUCUGAAUAUUUCCCAUAUGCAAUUUUAUUACAUUAAGUGAGAUGGGACUGAAAAAUUAUGUUUAACAUACUUGUACAACCUGAUUAUGUGGCAAUCAAUCAUUGCUCCUUCCUGCAAAAUGGGCUUCAAAGUUUGUAUGCAAGUAGCAAACAUAUAAGGCAAAGGUUUGUCAGGAUAAUCAUAUUUUCCACCGCUGCUCAUUUACAUAUGAGGGGUAUAUCCUGUCCCUAUCAAGAGAAAAAGCAGGGAAAUAUAAUUACAAAACAAGAGGGGGAUGCAGGGGAAGGAAGAAAGGACCCAACCCCUCACCCAUCAUUCUCAACUCCUUCCCACGCCCCUGCCAAAAGUUAUAUGCUUGCUUUUGCACCUGUCAUCUUUGACUGAGAAUCUGAUGCAGGCUAAUUGUACUAAGACCACAGAACUCAAAUUUGUUGAAAUUGUAUUUCAGUGGAAGGUGCUGAGGAAGAAAGAGUUUGUGGAGCUCAUGUAAGAGAUUUGAUUUCUGGGGAAGAAUUUGACAUAAAGGCUAAAUGUGUUGUGAAUGCAACUGGUCCUUUCACUGAUGCCAUCAGGAAGAUGGAUGAACCAGCGGAAAAAAACAUUUGUCAGCCAAGUGCAGGAGUACAUAUUGUCCUUCCUGAAUAUUACAGGUAUUUUGAAUACAGAACUCUACAGUAGUCAAUUAUGUUAAUCAGAAUCAUGCUAAAGUAGUGCUCAGAAAUGUUGUGUUGAAAGUAUCAAGUAAGAAGUACCUUGUUCAGCACGAUCAUCAGUACCACAAGGAAGUAAGGCCAACAAUAUUACAAUAUUACAAUAUUAACCCUUUAACCGCUAAGAGUGAUUACUAUCUUUUCCCCUGUCAGUAUUACCCCUAAAACAAACAUAAAAACAAAUAAAUAAAUUAGGGGGAUAUGUAGUCGAUGCAAUACCAAGUUCUCCGAAACAAACAUCAUAAGAAUGGUAUGGCAGACAGUAAGGAGAACUACUAAGUAAAAGAGAUCUUGGAAAUUAAAAGGUUAAAAAUUCAAGCUUCCUAUUGCGGCACGUUAAACAAUACAACUGUAUUUGAAAGUACUCUACCGUAGCUUUCAUGUCAGUGGUCACAAAUGAGGUUUUAUUUUUAAACUUAGAGGUAAUAACCACGUAGUAGCUGAAGACAGGAAUGCCUCUGUGAAUCAAGAACAAUUGUUUGUGUGUUGAUUGUUUUCUUUCCGUUCACCGCAGUCCAUCGGACAUGGGACUUUUAGACCCUGCCACAAGCGAUGGGCGUGUCAUUUUUUUCCUCCCAUGGGAAGGUGAGCCGAAGUUCUUUGCAGUAAUGGAAAAGUUUGACCAGUUUGCCGUAGAGUAAACUUUGGCUGUAAUAUUGUUAUUGUUUUUUGUAAUGUUGCAGGAAAGACGAUAGCAGGCACUACUGAUACACCAACAGAACUGUCGUACAACCCCUUACCAAAAGAGGCCGAGAUACAGUUUAUUCUGAGUGAGAUAAGACACUACCUGAGCCCAGACGUUGACGGUGAGUAAUUUCUAUCAAACGGCAGUGUGGGGACAUUUUUUUUUUUGGGGGGGGGGGAGAGGUUUACGAAUGUUUCCACUCGGUCUCAGUCCAUAAGAUGCAAAAGAACUUUGCAAAGUAAUUUCCAUUCUUUUCUGACGUUUGGUCAAUAACGAGUGUAUCUCUCUAUUUCAUCUUUGGUCGAUUGCGUAUGUUAUAUUAUCCAAUUAUCUUUUUCACACUUUCUUGCAGUUCGCCGUGGUGAUGUACUAGCGGCCUGGAGCGGGAUUCGGCCCUUGGUCAUCGAUCCCAACUCCAAAAACACAGAAUCCAUCGCUCGAAACCAUCUGAUUCUUGUCAGCAAAAGUGGAUUGGUGACUAUUGCCGGCGGCAAAUGGACAACUUACCGAUCCAUGGCUGUGGACACGAUGGAGGCUGCUAUAAAUGCGUGCGGGCUCAAACCAGCCAGAGAGUGUCAAACAGAUGGACUUUUUCUCGAGGGAGGGGAAGGUUAUUCACCGAAUGACUUUAUACGACUUGUGCAGGACUUUGGUCUCGAAGUGGAGGUUCGUAAAAUUCUCCUUAGCGCUCUUGAAGGAGCAACAUCAAUUUCCAAGGAGAAUUUUUUAUUGUUUACUUUUGUAAUUGUUUUCAUUUCAUGUUUCUAAUACAGAUUGCCAAACAUCUCUCCCACACUUACGGCAACAAAGCACCAGAAGUAGCCAAGCUUGCCAACAUAACUGGACGUCGGUGGCCAGUCGUGGGGAAACGCCUUUUGGAGCAAUUCCCGUACAUUGAAGCAGAAAUUAAAUAUGCCGUGCAGGAAUAUGCGUGUACGGUGGUUGAUUUUCUCGCCCGUAGAACGCGUCUAGCGUUUUUAAACGCGCAGGCUGCCGCGGACGCCAUUCCGAAGAUUGCCGAUAUCAUGGCGAAGGAACUGAAGUGGUCCAAAGCCAAGAAAGAGGUAACUGAUGAAUUAUCAUGGGAGAUAGGUUUUUGCAUUGCACGAGAAUUCCAGUCAGGAGAAGCCGAAGUGACUUCGAUUUAUCAUCCUACGUUUGUUGCUUAUAGUGACGUCAUUUAUGCGUCUGUCCGCCAAUAGAUCAUAAGGAAGAACCAAUCAAAGUGCGUGUAUCAUUGACUUUUUCAGAUGAUAACAUUUCUUUUUCCAGGCUGAGAUAGCAGACGCUAACAAGUUUCUCGAAGCCAUGGGAUUAGAAGUUCUUGACCACGUCCGACGCGUGGAAGUCAAUUUCAAAAACGACGAAAUCAAAGAAUACGAGAAAAUUUUCCAAAAAGCCAACAAAUCAAAGCGGGGGUGUGUGACCUCGGUCGAUUUAAGGAACAUGCUGAAAGCUAUGGGUGAAGAUGUAUCAGAGGAACAUCUCCAUGAAGUCAUAGCAGAGGUGGAUACCAACAGAAACUCGUGUGUCGAACUGGAUGAGUUUUUGCAGGUAAAAAAAAAGUAUUUUUCAGUAAAUUAAGGAUUAUUCAUAACCCCUCGUUCUUUUGUUCUUCCGGUUAUCGACUCUUUCGUUCAUUUUUUCGACCGUUCAAUAGUUCCUUAGUUCUUUAUUUGUUCUUUUCACUACUUUUCUUAAAGUCGGCUUUCCAUUCCAUUUUCCUUGCAUGGCCUCGCAUUUCCCAUUUUCGCGUGUCCUACUUCAUAAAAUCUUUGAUGCAGUAUCAAAUUCUUACUACUAACAUCAAUAAAUGAAGCGGACGAUGGUGCGAGAAUUAUUAAUUUUUUCUGUGCUUCAGGUCAUGAGUGCUAUCAAGACUGGAGCAGUCGCCAACAAUCGGUUUGCCGUCAUUAUAGACCGCCAUCAUAAACACUUGACACGUGAGAUUCCCGUGGAUCGUAGCGGCGGCGGGCUAUGACGUGGUCAGUCAAUUCUUUGAGCCAGAGCGCCUUUUGUGGCGCCCAUUUGCCACGCGAUUCAUUACUGACCAAUCACUUUUGUGGUAAAUUACGGUGACUGCGUAAAUAUUUAGCCAAUCGUUUACGGUUUUUUUCCUUCCCUGAAGUACUGAGAAAAUUACUUAAUUGGAAAAAUUGGAAGUUUAAUCAAAUUACUUGAGCAAAGGGAAUGAAAAAAACGUGGUGUAUUGAAUCCGUCCUUAGUACUAUGUGCCAUAUUAGUUACCAGUCUAUCCACAACGUCAUACUGAAUUGUUUAUAGUUUCCAAACGAAAAUAAGAACUCGUAUGACGUAACCACAUUUCUCGUUAACCCGUCUGAAGUGUAAAAGUGGAUGAAGACUUUCGGUAACACAAGGGAGGGGAAAAAUUGUCUUGUUUCUGAACAAUAACAAGAAGAGUUUUUUCGAUUUAAUUGUAAUGUUAUUAAUUAAUCAUAAUGUUAUUAUCAAUAAAUUAAUCGCAAUGCUACUUUGCUAGUAACAGUCGAUUCUCGCUUCCUAAUAGCACAUUCGGAGUAAUGAAGCAUCGAACGGCUAAGCACAGUUUUUUUCUUUUCCUAUGAUUUGUCGCUUUUACUUUGUCAAAAUAUGCUUGUACAUGCAUAAACUAUUAAUAGCAAUAAGUAAAAGUUUAUAGGUACGUGAAACGACGCUAAGCCAGAAUUUGUAUCCUAGUGGUAACAAUAAAAAUGUGUGUAUUUUUUCUUUAAUUUUUACUUUGAUUUCCAGUGCAGCAGAACUUAUUACUAGCGCCAAAGGCAGGAUAUGUCACCGAUGGUAAUCGCGGGAAAAAUUAUGAGAGGCAAGCGCGGCAAAACGCGCAUAAGCCAAGU